ACGACAUGUGGCUAUUGUUCAAAUCCGGUGAUGAAGCGAAGUUAUAGGUCACAGAAACGUCGGUAAAGAAGACAUAAAGGAAAAAGAAUGAAGACAGGCGGCUGAAUGAGAGACAGAUGCGCGAUGCCGGUCGGAUCACACUUGCACUCGCCGGCCCAGGGUAACAGCCACAAGGAAGUACUGAAGCCGGACGCUACAGUUCAUUUGCAACCGACGCAUUUGGACACGACCUUGAAAGUAUAUCUGGAGUUUGCGGAGUAUCUGAAUAAAACCUUCGGGGUGACCUUUUAGCAAAUGUGCUAUCUCAGAACUAAAGAGAGACAGCUAGGAAAUAUGAAACAAUGCAUUCUCACAAGGAAAGUGUAG